AUGGUAGCCUUCCUCGCCCCUUUUGCAGUUGAAGUGCAUAACUUCUCAAUGCCAGGCGCAACUGCGAAAUACCAUCUUGCGAGCCAGCUGGCUUGGUUCUUUUCGCGUUUCUCGAAGAAAGGGCAGGACGAAUCUGAAACAGUUAGUCUGGAUCCUGAAGAAACCACCUACGUUCUGUUUCUCGGUAUCAAUGAUUGCGGAACGACAGAUGCUGACGAUCUAGAGCCCAUCGUCGAUGUCAUUUUCGACACUGUACAUCAGCUAUACAUAAGAGCAAGAGCACGAAAUUUUGUCAUCAUCAACGUACCCCCUAUUGAUCGAUCGCCAGCAGGUUUGUCAUUUUCAGCAGAGCUCGAGGACCGCAUUGAAACAUGGAACGAUUUGCUUCAGAAGGAGACGGCCGACUUCGCAUCUGGAGGCACACAAGCGACUCAAAGUGUAUUUCUGUUCUCUUCGAACGCAGUACUCACGGAUGUCCUGGAUAGCCCAGUGAAGUAUAAGUUCUCAGAGAAGGACGUCAUGCAGGCUGGUGGUUCUAUCUGGGAAGACGAACUGCAUAUUACAUCGAGCGUGCAGAAAGUGAUUGCGGAGCAGUUUAUCCACGCGAUGGAGUCUAAUUUGUGA